AAUAAGGAGAAGGUGCGUCUGAAGGAGCGAGAGAAGGAGGCGCGAGAGAGGGAGGCGAGGUCUAGUAACGGUCACCUGUUCACCUCCCUCACCGUCUCCUCCACCACCCUGUGCUCCUCCUGCAACAGGAGCAUCACAGCCAAGGAGGCGCUGAGCUGCCCAGCAUGUAAUGUCACCAUCCACAACCGCUGCAGAGACAGUCUUCCCAGCUGUGCCAAGAUGAAACAGAGGCAACAGAAACUGUCGUUGGUGAGGAACAGCUCGGCUCUGCAGAACGUGGCUCUGCGUAACAAAACUCCGAUGAUGAAGGAGCGUCCGAGCUCGGCCAUCUAUCCGUCCGAUAGUCUUCGUCAGUCUCUGCUUGGGUCGAGACGGGUUCGCUCCGGGCUCUCGCUCGCCAAGAGCGUCUCCACCAAUAACAUCGCAGGGGGGUUGGAGGACUCUGUGGGUCUCAGGAGGAUUCUGUCUCAGUCCACUGAGUCUUUGAACUUCAGGAGCCGAACCCUGUCCAUGGAGUCCCUGACGGACGACGGUGAGUGGUGGUGGAGCCCCCUGCUGGAGGAGCUGCAGGAGGAAGGCAGCUGUGUUCAGGCCGACAGCUGGAGUCUCGUCGUGGAGCCGACCUUCCUGCAGACGCUUCAUAAAGACGUCAUCAAACAGCAGGACGUCAUCUACGAGCUCAUACAGACUGAGUUCCACCACGUCCGGACCUUGAGGAUCAUGGAGGGUGUGUAUCGGCGGGGGAUGCAGGAGGACGUGAUGUUGGAGGCGGGCGUUGUUCACAGCGUGUUCCCGUGUCUCGACCAGCUGCUGGAAUGGCACACACACUUCUUGUCCGAGUUAAUGAAGAGGAGGACGGAGGGUCUGAUGGAGGGCAGCUCCACCAACUUCACUGUCCAAAAGAUUGGAGACCUACUGCUGCGCCAGUUUUCAGGUCAGUCGGCAGACGACAUGAAGAAGACUUAUUCAGAGUUCUGCAGUCGACACCCGAAAGCCGUCAAACUCUACAAAGACGUUUUGGCUCGAGAUCGCAGACUGCAGCAAUUCAUCCGGCGUGUUUGUCGGGGUCCUCUGCUGCGUCGCCAUGGUGUUCAGGAGUGCAUCCUACUGGUGACACAGCGAAUCACAAAGUACCCAGUCCUAAUCCAACGAGUCCUCGACAACACCAAAGGUAGUGAGGAGGAGGUGCAGGCUCUGAGCCAGGCGCUUCUCCUCCUAAAGAAGCUCAUCAGCUCGGUGGAUAAGGAGGUGCUUGAGCUUGACCGGACUAGGAGGCUACAGGAGAUCCAGGCUCGUCUGGACCCGCGGGCGCAGGCGGAGGUACGGGGAGGAGGUGUGUUCAGAGGAGGAGAGCUGCUGAGGAGGAGGCUCAUCCAUGACGGGACAAUCCUCUGGAAGGUGCAGGGCUCCAGGAUGAAAGACGUACAGGUUCUGCUGAUGUCAGACAUCUUGGUUUUUCUUCAGGAGAAAGAUCAGAAGUUCACCUUUGCUUCACUGGACAAGUCUCCAGUGGUGUCCCUCAACAACUUGAUUGUCAGAGAUAUAGCCAAUCAGGAGCGUGGGAUGUACCUGCUCAGUGACUCCACCCCCCCUGAGAUGUACGAGCUGUAUGCUACCUCCAAAGACGAUCGAAAGACCUGGAAGACCCGAAUCCUACAGGCUGCACAGAGUUGUCCGUCCAGACAGGACUUCCCGCUCAUCGAGACUGAAGACAAAGCUUUACUGCGCAGACUCAGAGCUGACAUCCAGCAGAAGGACAGGGAGGUGCUGGAGCUCCUGCAGGAGCGGGUCACUCUGUUUUCGGACCUGGUGGAGGCAACAGGAAGAGGCACAACAGAUGAAGAAGAUGGUUUGGACCUCAGCACCUCCUCCUCAAGGACCUCCUCCUCCUCCUGCAGGAACCUGUUCAGAGCCGACACUCCUCAUGCUCCUCAGGCUGAGCCGCUCCUCAGUGCCUCCAUCGCUGAAGUGGACAGACUGACGGAGCUGCUGCUCGACUCCAACAUCCAGAAAUCCACUGUAACCAACGGCAACCAGGAGCUGAGCAAUGGUGACUCUGGUUCUCUGAACGGUUCUGUCGGCUCAAAGAGCUCCUCACAGGACAGAAACGGAAACCAGCUGCAGGAGGGAACGCUCGGCCAGGGGAUCUGUCAGCGAUUGAUCAGUCUGAGCACACACCUGCACGCUCUGCAGGCUGCUGUGAUUCGUCAGGACUCGAUCCUGGAGCUGUCAGUCACAACAGGUGCCUCUUUCUCUACCUCUGGCCCUGCCCCGCCACGACUCAGUCGAUCCAUGUCCCGGGACGCAGGUAUGGACUCCAGCGGAGAGGCGGAGCUGCUGCGGCGACAGGUGGGGCUGCUGCAGGAGGAAGUGACACGACUGCGUCUGAGGAGGGAGGAGCCUGGUGGAGAGGGGGUGGAGUCAGGCAGCAGGAACAAAAGCAAUGGAGAGAUCAGUGAUGGCAUCAAGAAAGAACAGGUGAGCAGGAGGCGUGGCAGCAGGGAACAGGAGCCCUGCCCCCUAGCCCCAUUGGCCGUCCAGGAUCCUGUCGACCAAUUAGACGGUGUACAGGAAGAACAUGAGGAGGAGGGAUUGGAGAUGAUGAGGAUCUCUCUCGCUCUGACAGCCCAGAGACCUGCAGGACAUCCCAGAGGAGAGCGAGUGUGGAGCUGA